AUGAAGGAUGUGUUCAAAGCUGCGAAAUGGCACGAUUGUUACAAGUGCGGGGGGUGCAAAGAGAUGAAGUGUAAACAGUGCAAAGGGUUCGGAAAAGUCGUCGGACAGUUUCCAGAGGAUGAAUUCGACGAUGAAGGGCGUUUUUUAGGCUGGGAUAGAAAGAUUGAAAAAGGCGACACGUGGCCGUGUAGAUUCUGUAGAGGCCGAGGUACUCUUUUAUGUACCACGUGCAUGGGUAACGGUGGAGAAAUAUCCCCCGAUACGAUCGAUUGGAGUAAAUUCUCUGGAACGAAGCAGCCGUUUCAGCAGUACGCGCGUAGAAACGUUUUCGAUAAGUACUACGGUAGCCCAGUCGAGCCGGCAUAUUUAGAAGUUAAAGAGUACCAACGGUUAGAGAAAAUGGAUAAGUGGGUGCGACGUAAGGAGAAGUCGAAGAAUCCGUUCAAUAGGUUUUACGCUAACAUGAGAGGAAUCGCCGGGGACCAGCACAUGGGUAAAGUAAAACCAAAACUCAGAAAGUACGUAGAGCAAGUUCAAGAAAAGCUGCGACGGAAAGACGAAAAGUUUGGCGUGAAAAUACACGCCGAAGAGAGCGCGAAAAUGACGAAUACGACGGAUAAGAAGAAGAAGAAGAAGAAGAAAAAGACGACGACGACGACGAAUUAA